AUGGCUUUACUAUCACGCUUCUUGCAGGCUUUCGCCCUACUCCUGCUCGCCAUCGCAGUUUCCGCUGAGCACACCUCGAAUUGGGCAGUCCUCGUCUCUACAUCGCGCUUCUGGUUCAAUUAUCGCCACCUCGCAAAUGUCCUCUCGCUAUACCGAACAGUCAAGCGUCUCGGUAUCCCUGACUCGCAGAUCAUCCUGAUGCUGCCCGAUGACAUGGCCUGCAACCCCCGGAACGCAUUUCCAGGAACUGUCUACAGUAACGCGGACCGUGCCGUCGAUCUCUAUGGCGAUAAUAUCGAGGUGGAUUACAGGGGCUACGAAGUCACCGUGGAGAACUUUAUCCGUCUAUUGACCGAUCGCCUUGAUAAAGAUGUCCCGCGCAGCAAGCGGCUCGGAUCCGACUCUGGAAGCAACGUGUUAGUCUACAUGACCGGACAUGGAGGCGACCAAUUCCUGAAGUUCCAGGACGCCGAGGAGAUCGGCGCAUGGGACCUGGCUCAUGCAUUUGAACAAAUGUGGGAGAAGAAACGCUACCACGAAUUGCUGUUCAUGAUCGACACUUGCCAGGCCAAUACAAUGUACACUCACUUCUACUCGCCCAACAUUAUUGCGACAGGCUCCAGUGAAAUCGACCAGUCUUCCUAUUCCCACCACGCGGACAACGAUGUUGGUGUCGCUGUCAUUGAUCGUUGGACAUAUUACGUGCUCGAAUUCCUCGAGACGCAGGUGACCAGUGUCACUUCCAAGUUGAACUUGGGCGAUUUAUUCGAUUCAUACGAUGAAUCCAAAAUUCACUCCCAGCCCGGUGUUCGGUGGGAUCUUUUCACCGGCCAGGAGCAGGAGGGACGCCUGAGAACUGUUGUGGACUUCUUUGGAAAUGUUCAGAAUGUGGAGGUUGAAAACGCCAAUGCAACUGAGCCGGGCUCGCUGAAGGAAGACUUGGCUGAAAUUGCCCGUCUCGUUGAGAAGUGGCAGAAACGCGAUGAGGAGUACGCAGAUGUACUUGCUCGGAAUGAUACCGAUGAGUCGCAUUCAUCUUCGUUGCAUCUGAAGCCGAAGAGCAAGGUUGGCCCCACCAAGAUGACCGAAGAUGGCAGUUGGGGGAAGCGACUUGUCGGUCUCGCUGUUGUUGGUGCCUGCAGCGCAAUCUGGAUCGCUGGCUCGGUCUUGGGUCGCAAAAGUGGCUAG